UUCUCUUUCUCUUCUUUCAUUCUCUGCUCACACUUCUCUUUAUCCCCCUUUUCUCCCCCUUCUAUUUUCCUCACAGCUCCUGUCUUUUCCACCUGCCUGCUUUGCCCUCUUAUCCCCUUGCCCAACCUCUCUCUCCCCCUCCCUCUCUCUUUCUCUGCCUUUCUCUCUCUCUCUCUCUAUGUCAUACAGGCUGCCGAGGCCUCUCACUCUGCUAAUUCAUUCGCUGUGCAUCGCCUCACAUCUCUGCAGGGUCAGAAAGACAGGCAGCCUGGGAGAGAAGAGGGACAGAUGGAGCACAAGGGUGUGAGGAACCAAAGAAGAAGGAUGAGAUGGCGGAAAAGAAAUGCAGUUUUAUCUCUGAGAAACAGAGAACCACACAGAUCCUGUGUUGCCUUCCGGUUCCCCAAAGCACCCCUAGUGUGCAUGUGUGUGUGAGAGGGCUCGUGUAAGAGGGUGCGUGUCAUGGCCUCGAUGCCCGACGAAGCCUUGUGGGACGUCGCCACCUACAGUAAGGUGCUCCUGCUCGGGGCCAUCGCUGCCGCCUCGGCCUUCGUGGUCACCAUCGUCAUCGUCCUCGUCUGUGUGGGCUGCCAGAGGAAAAGCAAGAGCAAGCACCCCCCAGCAAAUGGAGAGAAGGGCACUUCUGUGAACAUGAGUACCCUCCGGCAUCCUAAGCUCAACUCUAUGAGCAAGUCCGACACCAGGCUUCACGAGAUCAAUCGCCUGCCCUGCAAUGGUGCUCCUAAGAACCGUCCGGCCAGUAUGGACCUUCUCCUCCUCCACAGUCGUCGUUCCCAGUCAGACCUCCGGCCCUCCCAUGUGCGCCAGCUGCCCCAGAUCCCCACCUCCCCCCAGGGGGGCAGUAAGCCAGGGGAGGGGAGGAACCACACCUACACGGAGGUGGGACUGCGGAACCCCUCCCCCACCCGUUGCCUGGACGACGGGCUGUACGAGAGCGUAGGGGUCCGAGAUCCGGAUGGAGACCCCAAAAUGCCCCCCGCCCCUCCCCCCACCUCUGCCAACACCCCUGCCACACUGAGAGCAGCACGGAGCCCCAUGGCCCAGGGCAACGGGGCCCCAAACACCAAUGGGAACAGCCCUGGGAAUGAGAGCAGCCGAGGGAAUGGCCACGGAGAGCUGAACGGCACCUUGGACGGCAGAGGCAGAGGGAAGCCUCCGCCUACCCCCGUUAACGGCUCCCCCCAGUCCUCCCUCCCCUCGCUGGCCCCCCAGGACCCGGUAACGGCAGAGUAUGCUUCCAUUCGGAAGGUCCGGAAGGUCGACAAGGCAACCAAGAAGGAGAACAAUGGUGGAGAGUCAGACAGCCAAUCAAGUGUUGGAGAAUCACCCCCUGCCCUGCCCCCCCAACUCCCCCGCAUCCAGGAGAUUUCACGGAAACAGCUGGAGUCAUUCCACCUGCCCUCCUUCCCCAAGGAGGCAGAGUUCAUAGGUAACGGGGAGCAGUACAUUUGGAAGCCCCCUGAGGAUGAUGACAUCAUCACCCUGCACCCAGUACCAGCACACCUAGGGGAAAAUGGACAGGGCCCCCUGACAGCCAUGGAGGUGUCAGACACCUACUCCACCGUGUGUAAACCUCUGAAGAAGAAAGCUCCCCCAGAGAACAAUGGAGCGAAGACACUGCCUCGCUGUUCUGGUGGGGACAGUGGCAGCGGCAGGGGAAAUGGGUGGGCGGGCUCUACUGGAGGAGCCCUGGGCCAAGGUCGGGGGGCCCAGACCCGCUCCCAGGAGGAACCCUGCUAUGAGCCGGUGGGUGACAGGUCCUGGCCAGUGGCAGAGUCCGAUCCUGCGUAUGCUACUAUCGACUCCCACCGGAAACGUGAGAGGGUGGGAACCAACAAUGGCGUGAUGAGCGGAAGCGCCACGCUAAAGCCCAGGAAGAAGCCCCCUCAGCAGGCAGCAACGGGGCCUCCUCAGGGCCCCCCAGGCCCGCCGCCCCCCCCAGGCCCGCCGCCCCCCCCAGGCCCACCGCCCCCCCCAAUAAGAGCCCACCCCGGAGGGGAGAACUUUUAUGAGACCAUCAGUGAUGUGAAACAGGGGGCCAGCAGCUCCAGCACCACCACCAUCUUUACCUUCAACGAUGGGAUGGAGAUGUAUGUCACUGGUCUGUAGCUAGCCUGCACAGGCUGACAGGCUGUCUAGCAGAGCUAGAUAGGGUUGGGUUACUCUGUCCAACUACUGAUAGACACAAUAAUAAUGAGUUGCCAACAACAUGGUGUACAUAGGAAUCCAGCAGGAACAUGCUAAAAGAGGAACUAUUUGUUUUUAUCCUAAGCUAAGACAGGGUCACAGUCCAAACCCAACAGAACCAGAUCUUCCGUCAUUGACCUGGCAUGGCCCACUUAUAGCCAGACGGACUGAACACCUCCUGAUGCCUGCUGACUGGAGGGAGAGUCUUUAACUCUUCUCAAAUCUUAUUUCAUCUGUGUUGUGCAACUGAACACCUGACUUAACCCCCUCCCCCCCGUUGUGUGACAUUUUACAUGAUAUCUUUAUUUUUCUAUGAAUAUGAUACCCUUAAAAGAGCAUGUACUGUACAGAACACACCCUAUCAAAAUCAUGAAACAGCACUAUCACUCAUGAACUGUACAAAUAAAAGUGGCGAGCAUGAAAACACUCAUUCAAAUGGAAAUGCCAACCAGAGAACAUCAACGUCUCAAUCAAACCCUUUCUGAUGACCAAACUCAGACAAGUAAAAGACAAACGUCACACACACACACACGUCUUUGUGCCGGGGCUUAUGUAAUAUAAGCAGAUGGAUGUCACAGAGAUUUUCUGUGCUUAGCUCUCACUAAGCAAACAUAUGAAACAGGUUCUCUCUCCCUGCUCUACUGACACAGCCCUGUUGCCGGGCAGAUAUGAUUAUCCAUCUAUACAGUUUGGCAUGACCCUGGUCUGACCCAGAGGAGGUACUAUAAACCCCAUCACUCUCCUAGACCUCUUUCUAUUCUAUGGACGGUGAAACAAUCACUUCUGUUUCCCUGUGAAGUUCAAAUGUGUCAGAGGUGUGAGGUAUGUAAAGAUCCUAUCAGGGAGACAGCUUUAGGUUGUCGUGACCUUACAAAUGUCACUUAAAACCACAUGGCAAACUUGUAUCUUUACCAUUUAUAGCCACCCUAAAGGAAGAACUAACACAAAGAAAAUUGAAAUGUUUGUAAAUGUACUCUGUUAUAUAAUGACUCAUUACAUUAGAUCAUCAAUAUUUAAAAAUGUCAUAUUUUUCCUACAAACUUCUCGCGCCAGAUUUUUUGUUGCAUGGCAACCUCCACACACGCCCACUCUUGGCAGAGUAUGCCAGGACAAAGCAUGCCGGCCACAGUCACAGCCUUGGGAAGAGAGAAGGUUCCCAGAGCAAGAUGGCCGGCAGCUUUCGCAAUACCAACACAGGACUGCGAGAGACAGAAAAGGAGAAAGAAAUAUCAACAAGGGAUGCUUUAGUCCUGGAAGUUAAUGUGCCAUAUCUGGCGGGCGUUGUUAACAUUUGAUUACAUGGCUGCAGUAAUGGCAUAUUGCUGCAGGCCUGUUGGCUGGCUUGUUCAAUAAUUGUAGUAAAGUGCGUUUGUCUAACAGAGCCCUGAUUCGCUCCUCAGUCUCCGGCCAAGACUCCACUGUUGCUCUUUGGGCUCAAGACUGGCCAUAAGAACAGUGAUUGAAGGUUUGGAAUCCAAGGAAAAUAAAAUGCUGGGCACCCAAUCGCCAGUGAGCUUCCUUUGGAAGGUUGCCCCGCUCCCUCUCUCCUCCCUCUGUAGCCUGCGCUCAGUUCUGUUCCAUUGUAAACAAUGCCUUUGCUGUUUUGUUGCUUUGGGAAACAUAAAGGAAGGAAUGAACUAAGAAAACACAACACGUGGGUUUUAGUUCAUCCAGGCCAGUGGGACCAGGGACAGAGAAUGCUCAGGGACAGAGAGGAUUAGGACAUGUUAUGGAUGGAGCUCAUAUCAGACUAAUGUCUGACACAAGUGCAGAUUGAAGACUAAAGUGUGUUUCUGUGUACAGGCUUACCAUGACAAUGUGCAUUUAAAAUGCACAGUGUAUUUUCAAAAUGCACUGUUUCUGUUCUUUCUGACUCCUCAUACGCCGUGUUUAAAUAGCGUGUGCCACUGCCAUGAAGACGGCCCUGGUUCCAUUUCUCUGUGUUGUUGUUGUUGGUGCACUUUUCUUGCUUGAAAAUAAUGCAUGUUUUGACAAAUGGAAAAACAGACUUAUUUUGGUACUGUACCUAAUUGAUUUCUCACUGUUAUUUUGAUGUUGUUGUUAACAAUAUUUUUUGUCAGAAGCUGUUUUUACAGUCUUUACAAAAAACAGCAAAGAAAGAGAGAGAGAUAGAGAGCGAACUUGAGAAAGAGAGAGUGAGAGAGGAAGGAGGGGGAGGAACCGCUGAGGUAGUGAGAGGUUGCUUGCCACUGCUGCUCUGUACAGAGAAGGAGUGACAGAGUGUGGGGGAGGGAGGAGAAAAGGCAGAAAGCUGGAUGAGGAUCACUGCAAACCAUAUGACUCCUUUUUCUCUUUAACACACACACACACAUACACACACACACACACACACACACACACACACACAUACACACACAAACCAAUGCCAUUUGGAAGGAGGCAGCAGACCCUGGUUUGCUCAACCUCACUCACUUGUCUACUUACCAAUGCAAUCCUCUCUCCUCUGUCGUCUUGUUUCUUCCUGGGCUGGGGUAGAGCGUGUCUUUGAAGAGGGAAUGGGGGGAGUUUGGGGGUCAAGCCAAACCUGGUCUGUGUUACUUUUUAAUGUUUCACAAUGUACCGUUGAAGAGCACUCGAUGAGGACUUUUUUCAAUUGCACAUACAUAUACUGAUGAAUAUGUAUAAUAGUCUGUAGUUGUACCAAUGUUGUUCAUAACUCAAAACACCUAAUGAGAUUGUUGUUGCAAAAUGGUGGUUAUCACAAAUGUUGUGUUGAACCAAGUUUUAAGAUACCCCUGUCCUCCCAAUUCAGGUAUAUGUUGUGUGGCAUUAUUGAUGCUGUGACAGCUACUGUAGCCGAAGUUGUACAUUUGUGAAGAUGACACAGGGUUUCAUGUGAAAAAAUCUUAUUAUAUAAUUGUGCAGGUAUGCAGAAGAUUGUAAUGUUUUAUAUAAUAAUAAAAUAUCAAAGUCAAGUUUUUACUUUUGUAAUAAAGUAGCACC